AUCAAAUUUACAAAAUAAUUUCCAACUGAAAUAACACUCACACCUUUAUUUCCCAUUUAUUCCCACUACAAAUUCCAUCCUUCUCGCACGUGUCUACUAAACUUCUCCAUUCCUAAGUUUCCGACCAACAUCAAUAUUUCCUUUUCCCCUCCGAUUAAACUUGGAAAACAUCUCAUAUUCAACAUUUAAUCUUCUCUCUCCUCAUUCAUCAAUGGCGACUUUCAUCUCAGAUCUGUAAAUUCUCCAUUUUUCUGUUUUCAAUGGCGUCGUCGCAAUCUCUUGGAGGUUCCACUCGCUGUGGCAAAAUCCUCGGCCCAUCUUUCGACAAAAUCAUCAAAAAUGUUGCUUGGAGAAAGCACACAAAUCUUGUUUCCGCUUGUAAAUCCGCCAUUGAUAAGCUUGAAACCUUAACCGAGCUUACUUCACUUUCUCUCUCCUCCACGAUCCCUACUUUAUCACCUGCCGACGCCGACUAUCUUCUUUCUCCUCUUCUUCUCGCGCUUGAUACUGCUUCACCGAAAAUUAUUGAUCCUUCUCUUGAUGCACUUUUUCGACUCUUUUCGCGUAAUCUUCUGCGGUUUGAACUCGAUCGUUCUUCAGAUGAUAAUAGCAAUUCGGUGAUUUUUCAGUUGAUUGAAUCUGUUUGUAAGUGUUGCAGUUUGGGAGAUGAGCUGAUUGAGUUUAGCGUAAUGAAGGUGAUACUGUCGGCAAUUCGUUCGCCGUAUGUUGUGUUUGGAGGUGACUAUCUAAACCACAUUGUUAAGAUUUGUUAUAAUGUUUAUUUAGGAGGUUUGAAUGGAACUAAUCAGAUCUGUGCUAAGGCUAUUUUGGCUCAAAUUUGUUUGAUGGUUUUUGCUCGUGUCGAAGAGGAUUCUAUGUUUGUUGAUAAGUUCAAGAUUGUUGCUGUUUCUGAGUUGCUGGAAUUUACUGAUAGGAAUCUGAGUGAGGGGAAUUCGGUACAAUUAGUUCAGAAUAUCAUUAACGAGGUUAUGGACUCUAAUGAAGGGGCUGAGGAUAUUAAACCACAGACCGAUAGCCCUCGGAGUGGGAAUGGAGAUGGGAAUGCGAGUGAGCAUGGGGAUGGAGAUGAGAAUGAGAAUGGGAAUGGGAACGGGAACGGGAGCGAUGGUGAUGAAUCGACAGUGAGCACGGAGGAAAACAGUGGCGGAGAGGUAAAAAUGGAGGUGAUAAGUAAUGGUGGGGUGGAAACAUCAGGGGAAAGGGAGAGUAAGCUCCGACAAGACGGAUUUAUGCUGUUUAAGAAUUUGUGUAAAUUGUCAAUGAAGUUCUCUUCACAAGAGCAUUCUGGUGAUGAGAUUCUUCUUAGGGGAAAGAUCCUAUCUUUGGAAUUGCUCAAAGUGAUCAUGGAUAAUAGUGGUCUUGUUUGGCGCAAAAAUACUAACUUUCUUAAUAUUAUCAAACAGUUCCUCUGCUUGUCAUUACUGAAGAAUAGUGCACUAUCAGUGAUGACCAUAUUCCAGCUCCUAUGUUCUAUUUUCAUGAGCUUGUUAACUAAGUUUAGAUCAGGGUUGAAGGCUGAGAUUGGAAUCUUCUUUCCAAUGCUUAUCCUUCGUGUCCUGGAGAAUAUACUCCAGCCUCGUUUUAUACAAAAAAUGACUGUCCUCAACCUGCUGGAGAAGAUUUCUCAGGAUCCGCAGCUUAUAAUUGAUAUUUUUGUCAACUAUGACUGUGAUCUUGAUGCUCCAAACAUUUAUGAGAGGACGAUUAAUGGCCUUUUGAAGACUGCUCUUGGUCCACCACCUGGUUCUACUACAACUUUGCCUCCAGUUAAGGAUCUCACAUUCCGGGUUGAAUCAGUAAAGUGUCUAGUUAGAAUAGUUAAGUCAAUGGGAACUUGGAUGGACCAGCAACUGAAGAUAGAGGAAUCUUCUUUGUCCUAUAGAUCUUCUGUGGCGUCUGGUUCUGUUGAUGUGCAUUCUACCUUAAACGGAGAGGAGGGAACAAUUCCAGAGUAUGAACUGCAUGCGGAAACAAAUUCUGAGUUGUCUGAUGCUGCUACUUUUGAGCAGCGUCGAGCUUAUAAAAUUGAAAUGCAGAAGGGCAUCACAUUAUUUAACAGGAAACCUUCAAAAGGUGUCGAGUUUUUGAUUAACACCAAAAAAGUUGGUGGUUCUCCAGAAGAAGUUGCUGCUUUUCUAAAGAAUACUGCUGGCCUGAACCCAACUAUUAUUGGGGAUUACUUGGGAGAACGAGAUGAUUUCCCAUUAAAAGUUAUGCAUGCAUAUGUUGAUUCAUUUUAUUUUGAAAAAAUGGAUUUUGGUGAAGCUAUUCGAUAUUUCUUACGGGGUUUCAGAUUACCUGGAGAGGCUCAAAAGAUAGAUCGGAUUAUGGAGAAGUUUGCUGAGCGUUACUGUAAAUGCAAUCCUAAUUCAUUCAAAACUGCGGAUACAGCUUACGUCCUUGCCUAUUCUGUUAUAUUGCUUAACACAGAUGCUCACAAUAAUAUGGUUAAAGAGAAGAUGACCAAAGCUGACUUUGUUCGGAACAACCGAGGAAUUGAUGAUGGCAAGGACUUACCUGAAGAGUAUUUGGGUUCUCUCUAUGAUCAAAUUGUUAAAGAUGAAAUCAAAAUGAAUGCUGAAAGUUCUCAACCACAAAGCAAGCAGGUCAAUGGAUUCAACAGGUUACUAGGUUUGGACGGUAUACUAAACUUAGUAAUGGGGAAGCAACCAGAAGAAAAACCUUUGGGCACAAAUAGUCUUCUUAUCAAGAACAUCCAAGAGCAGUUCAAGGCAAAGUCUGGAAAAUCAGAGUCGGUUUUUUAUGCAGUUUCUGAUGUUUCAAUAUUGAGAUUUAUGGUGGAAGUUUGUUGGGGUCCUAUGCUGGCUGCGUUUAGUAUGACACUUGAUCAGAGUGAUGACAAAUUAGCUACGACAGAAUGUUUGCAAGGCUUCCGAUAUGCUGUACAUGUUACUGCGGUACUUAGUAUGCAGACACAAAGAGAUGCUUUUGUGACCUCUUUGGCCAAAUUCACUUAUCUCCACUGUGCAGCUGAUAUGAAGCAAAAAAAUGUUGAUGCUAUGAAGACAAUGAUGUCCAUAGCUAUUGGAGAUGGAAAUUAUCUACAAGAUGCAUGGGAGCACAUCUUGACGUGUUUGUCUAGGUUUGAACAUUUACAACUUUUAGGAGAAGGUGUACCACCAGAUGCAUCAUUCUUGAGCAUGUCUAAUGCUGAACCAGAGCAGAAAUCACUAAUGCCAAGUGACUUGGCUUCUCUGAAGAAAAAGGGGGCUCUUCAAAACCCAGCUGUGGCCGCUGUCGUUCGAGGUGGAUCCUAUGACAGCAGUGCACUUGGUGCAAGCUCUCCCAAACUGGUUACUCCAGAACAGGUCACUAACUUUAUUUCGAACUUGCACUUGCUUGAUCAAAUUGGAAGUUAUGAGUUGAACCACAUAUUUGCCCAUAGCCAAAGGUUGAACAGCGAGGCAAUAGUAUCUUUUGUGAGAGCUCUUUGCAAAGUUUCAAUGGCAGAGUUACAGUCUCCAACAGAUCCUCGUGUGUUCAGUCUCACAAAGAUAGUUGAGAUUGCGCACUAUAAUAUGAAUCGCAUCAGACUAGUGUGGUCUCGCAUCUGGAAUGUUCUCUCAGAUUUCUUUGUCUCUGUUGGCUUGUCUGAAAAUCUCUCGGUCGCAAUUUUUGUCAUGGAUUCUUUGCGUCAGCUUGCUAUGAAGUUCCUUGAGCGCGAGGAGCUGGCAAAUUACAAUUUCCAAAAUGAGUUUUUGAGGCCUUUUGUCAUUGUAAUGCAAAAGAGUAGCUCUGCUGAAAUUCGAGAACUUAUUGUCCGCUGCAUUUCUCAGAUGGUCCUUACCCGUGUCAGUAAUGUGAAAUCUGGAUGGAAAAGUGUAUUUAAGGUUUUUACAACAGCUGCUGCUGAUGAACGGAAGAGCAUAGUGUUGUUGGCUUUUGAGACAAUGGAAAAAAUUGUUCGGGAAUAUUUUCCUUACAUAACUGAGACCGAGUCUACAACUUUCACAGAUUGUGUUAGAUGUCUCAUAACCUUCACAAACAGUAAAUUUAAUAGUGAUGUCAGCUUCAAUGCCAUUGCGUUUCUUCGAUUUUGUGCUGUUAAGCUUGCAGAAGGAGGAUUGUUUUGCAAUGAGGAUAGCCAAGAUGACAGUUCGUAUGAUUUGAGCGAAAGUGGGGAGACUGCUGAUAGGCAAUCUUUUACUGGCAAAGAUGAAAACACCUCUUUCUGGAUGCCUUUGCUUACAGGAUUGUCAAGAUUGACAUCUGAUCCUAGAUCAGGCAUUAGAAAGAGCUCUGUUGAAGUGCUGUUUAACAUCCUCAUGGAUCAUGGUGAACUAUUUUCACGGCCGUUUUGGAGUGCAAUUUUCAAAUUUGUUGUCUUUCCAAUACUCAAUAGUAGAAACAAGGAUGAUAAUAUGCUGCAUGAUGACCAGUCACCUGAGUCUUCUAAAGAUUCGUCAGUUAGUGAAAGUCCAUGGGACUCUGAAACUUCUUCGUUGGCAGCAGAGCGCCUUGUUGAUCUUUUUGUUACAUUUUUUAGUGUUGUGAGAUCUCAAUUACCUGAUGCUGUUACUGUAAUGGCUAAUUUUAUUAAGAGUCCAGGCCCUGGUCCAGCUAAAACAGGGAUAGCAGCGCUGGUACGUUUGACCAGUGAAUUAGGAACCAGACUUUCUGAAGAUGAUUGGAGAGGAAUGUUGAUUGCUAUUAAAGAUGCUGCAGCAUCAACUCUUCCAGGAUUUUUGAGGGUGUUCAGGACUAUGGAUAACAUUGAUAUUCCUGAUGCCAUGGAAAGUUAUCAAGGACUUGAUAUGUCUUCCGAUAAUGAAAUUUCCAACAAUGACUUGGAGGAUGACAACAUGCACACUGCUGUAUACGUGAUCUCAAGAAUGAAAAGUCAUAUUGCUGUUCAGUUGGUCAUCAUACAGCUUGUGACUGAUCUUUACAGGACACACCAUGAUUGUCUCUCAACAGCUAACCUCAAGAUCCUUCUUGAACUUUUUUCAUUGAUUUCAUCCCAUGCCAACCAACUAAGCCAGGAAGGUAUCAUACUCGGGAAGCUUCAGACAGUGUGUAAUAGGCUAGAGCUCUCUGAGCCACCUGUGGUGCAUUUUGAAAACGAGGCAUACCAGAGCUAUCUGAACUUCCUCAAUGACUUGAUGUUGGAAAGAUUUUCCACAUCAGAGGAUCUCGACUUAGAAGCACAAGUUGUAGCCGUUUGUGAGAGGAUAUUAGAGAUGUAUGUGGACUGUGCUGGGACUUGCUCCAACAAGAAGGUUGACAGUGAGCCCAAGACACAUUGGAUCCUUCCAUUGCUAUCAGUGAAAAAGGAAGAACUUGCAGCACGAUCUACUUUGCUUUUAUUAGCAUUAAGAACAUUAAGUCGUAUGGAAAAAGAUUCAUUCAAGAGGUAUAUUUCACGCUUAUUUCCCUUGUUGGUUGAUCUUGUGAGAAGCGAACAUAGCUCAACAGAAGUAUUGCCAGUUUUGAGUGACAUGUUUCUAACAUGUAUAGGCCCCAUAAUUGUUGGAUUUUAACAUAGAACUCUGCCAUGCCUGCACCUUCCCCCCACAUUUUUCAUCAAAGAUUUCCGUCUAGGACCUACACCUUAAAGUUCACCCAUACGAAAAUUUUGUACCUAAAUAGAUAGUAGAAUGUGUUACAGUCUUACAAAUGUAAAACUGAAAAUUGUAGUGUCAAAUUAGUGAACUUCGGUGGGAACAUGUCCAUUAAACUUUUUAUGGUUGUAAAUUCAAUAAUCAUGUCAUUUUUUCA